AUGGAGUCAGCAUAUCUUCAAAAGUUUCUUGGGACAUGUCUAACUGAAGGUCUUGCGGAAGUGGCAAGGAUGCGUCCAGUGGAUCCAAUAGAAUAUUUAGCACUGUGGAUUUAUAAGUAUAAGAAAAAUGUGACCAUGGAGAAACAGAGACAAGAGGAAAUGGCCCAACUGGAGCAUGAAAGAGCAGUGGCUUUGAAGGAGCAGGAGGCGAUGGAGAGACUUAGAGCAGAGGGGCUCCUCUUCCAGCAGCAACAGCUAGAAUUCCAGCUGGAGUUGGAAGAGCAAGAAAAAGAGAGACAGAGAAUAGAAGAACUGCAGAGAGCUCAAGAACAAUUUGAGAAGGAGUUGAGAAUGAGCAUGGAAAAUAUGGCUAAGGGUGAAGAUACUUUACAUGGAGAGGAUGGAGCCGACUCAGGCAAAACACUAGCUGAAAUUAGUGAUCGAUAUGGGGCACCAAACUUGAGCAGAGUGGAAGAACUCGAUGAGCCAAUGCUCUCUGACGUUGCAUUAAACAUUGAUCAAGACUUGUAG